CCCUCACUGACCCUACCUCGCCGACUGACCAAGAAGAACAACCUAGAUCAUCAUCAUCAUCCCCAUCCCCGCUCCUCCAGGCCACCACCACACACUCAAAUCUCUCUCAGAUCCAAAAAGGGUCUCUGUUUCUUCUUCUGGGUUCUCUAGUUUUUGUUGCCAUUAUUAUGGAUAACACCUCAUCUUCUUCUACUGAAAACUCCACUGGUACCACUAGGGAUCAGUACCUGAAGCACCUCAACAAGCUUUCCCACAAGAUCUCCAAGCCCAUAAUCCGAAAACCCAAUUUCGACCCGCCUCCUCCUCCUCCUCCUCCGCCUCCCGCUCCGAUUCCCAACCCCCAAAACCAAAACGCACCGCUUCAGCUCCAAUCCUCUGCUUCGCAGCCUCAGCAGCCGCCCAAUCAGCACCAGCCUCCGGUCUACAACAUCAACAAGAACGAUUUCAGGGAUGUGGUUCAGAAGCUGACCGGUUCGCCGGCCCACACGCCGGACCGGUUCGCGACUCCUCCGCCGAUUCACCCGCCGAAAACACAAAGCUCGAGGCUCCAGCGCAUCCGCCCUCCGCCGCUGGCCCAGCUCGCCGCCCGGCCGCCUUCUCUUCUCGACGGCGCCGUUUCGGCUCAGCCGAACAACACCAACAACCCUCUCAUUCCGCCCAUGGGAACCGCCGCGGCUCAUUUCGGCGGCGUGAUCGGACGGUCCACGGCGCCGCUGUCUCCUCUGCCUCCUUUUCCGACCGUUCACGCGGCGGCGGAGUCUCCGGUCUCGGCCUACAUGAGGUUCCUCCACAACUCGCUCUCCUCCGGCGAUUCUAAUCAGAACAUGAACCAGAAGCAGCAGCAUUUCUCUGGAUUUUCUCCCUUGGCUCCACUCGUCUCGCCUCGCUGGACCAACCUAACUCCACCGCCGCCGCAACCGGAGCAGAAUCAGAAUCAGAGCCAGCAGCUUCCUCAGCCGGAGCAGGCUAUGGCUCCCUCGUCGGAGCCUCCACAACCUCCACAGUUUGCUUCCUCCCAGCCCCAAUUCGCUAUGCCACCGUCGCCGCUUCCAUUCGGAUGCUUGAACUCGCCUCGGUCGCAGUAUAAUCUGCUUUCGCCGAGUCAGUUGGGGUUUCCUCAGCUCCCUCUGUCGCCGACUGUGCCGGUUCCAAGCCCUAGGUGGAGGGGUUUCUAAAUCUUUGCUUCAGGUAAGUCAGCUCUAGUUAUCUUUAUGUCAAAAACAAUACACAGGAAGCUGUCUGUUUUAGAGUUUUAGGGUUCUUUUUUUUAUCUUGCUCCACAGAAACUUUGUACAUUAUGGGUUCAGGGGUUUAUUCAAUUACUGGGGGUCGGGCGGAAAUGGUCGGCUGCAGGUUUAAAAUUAGGGUAUUGUCUUUGUUCUGUAAAUGGGAUAUAUGAGAAAUGUGAGACAUGUAGGUUUGUUCUUUGUAUUGGAAAUUUGGGGGUUAAUGAGAUUACAUGUUAUACA